CCUUGGGGCGACGCGCUCCUGUGGUCCGGCCGGUUGAGCGAAGCCUUGUACCGUCUUCACUUUGUUGUACCGUCUUCACCUGCCCCUCGAGGCCGACAGGCUCCGCUUCCCUCCGUCCGCGAGAUGCUGCUGCUGGCAUUGGGUGGCCGGUGGUCGGCUGCGUGGCGGCCGUCGGGGAAGAGGACCACACCGUGGGCAGCCGCCGCGCUGCAAGGCCCCGGCGCCGCCGUCUCGCGAGCGGCCUCCUGCCGCGGGCCUUCGGGGCUACUCGGCGGCGGGAGCGCGGGGCCGCCGGGUGCAGGGCCGCUUCUCUUGCGUCCCGGGAGAGCACAGAUUCCUAAUUGUUGGAAAGGAUGUUUGCAAUGCAUACAUACACAGCUUGAUAAAUCAGAAGAUGGAAGGCUGAUUUAUACGGGGAAUCUGUCUCGUGCAGUAUUUGGUGUGAAAUGUUUCUCCUAUUCUACAAGUGUGCUCAGCCUUGCAUUUCUGCCAUACCUGUUUGAACAAAGUAAUGUUAUAUUUGGAAGUCUGCCUUUACAGGCGUUAUUUUAUGGCAUCCUAGGGAGCUUUACCGUGAUCACCCCAACACUGCUUCACUUCCUUACAAAAGGCUAUGUCGUUCGGUUGUACCAUGAUCCCACAACGGACACGUAUAAAGCCAUUACUUACAAUGUCCUGCUUUCAGAAAGCAGCACAGUGUUUCACCAGAAUGACGUCAAGAUCCCUAGCAGCACACAUGUGUUUACCACAUUUUAUGCUAAAACAAAAUCCUUGUUAGUUAAUCCAAUGCUCUUUAAAAAUCCUGAAGACUAUGACCAUCUAAUGGGUUAUGACAAACCAUUUACUUUUGAUACAGAGGAAGCUAGUACAAAGAAACAGCUUGAGAAUGAUUAAUGGACCUUGUUGCUUUUAUGUUUGUAACUAUUGUAAUUGUAAUCUAUGUUUCAGUGUAUAAUAACACUGCCUUUUUUAUUAUUAGUGAUUGCUAAAAAUAACUUGAAACUAUUAAACAGCUUCUAAUUCAUUGUCAGAGAAUGAUGUUCCUUUGUAAUAAAAUGUUUUAAAUGUUUAAAAUGUGAAUAUACAG